UGGGAAUGAUGUGUGAUAUGGCCUUGUCAGCCCUGGCUUCUUGCAUCCUGGCAUUACCAAGGCAUGUUCAGUAUCGUUUAUGUACAGGGUUCGCGACUCACGUCAGCAUACAGCAUGCCAUGGACGCCCAACCCAAAGAGGUUUGCCAAGAUCGACAGGAAUUCCACGCAGCCACUCCUGCGAAGAAACGCCCGGCUGAGGAUGAUCUUCCUAACAUUUCCAAGCGGAGAUGCCUUGGAUGACUGCGUAAGAUGCUAUGCGAGCUAGUGUUGCUAACGGCGUGCAGAGCACUGGCGUACCGAAUUGGCUCUCGUGUGGAGUCAAGACUGUGCCUCUUAGCUAAAGCCGACCUUGGGGAAACGGGAUAUGGAAGGGUUGCAUGGUGGUCUCAACCGUGGGAAGCGUUGUAUGGAGUCGAGGAACAAUCAGAAACGGCCGACGGCUCAGGAACCUCAGGUCAGGUGUAG